UCCUGAUUUGACACGUCUCUCAUGUCUUAGGCUAUCACGCAAUUGUCACUUCAUUAUCGAGAAUUGAGAAUGAUCACUGAUAUUAUUUCCUAUUCACACCAUGAACAGAUCAUUUUGAGAGUCAUCCAAGGACCCUGCUUUUGCCUAUAAUUUACACCAUGACCUCGAGUGCGUCGAGCCCGUAUCCUGCGCCAGUCGGUGGAGCGUCCCUCUUUCUGACAUUCAAAGGACCCAGAAGUACCAUCCUUAUUAUUGGCGGUGAUGCUCUGGCUGCCUCUAGGGCAUUUGCGGCGCUUGAGGCAGGCAUACAAGUCAUCAUACUCACCAGAGGAUCAGUAUGCGACGAGCUGAAAUGGAGAGCAAACCAACGGCAAAUACAACUCGUAGACUGGGACACGCUCCCCUCUACGUCUACUUCUCCACUCGUCUCUACUCCGGACACGAAGACAGACGCCGAGUCCCUCUCUGCAUUCCUCACUGAAAAUCCAUCUAUAUCUAUCAUCUGCAUCACCAUACACACGGCGGACAUACCCGCACUCGCACGCAUAUGUCAUGCACAUAACAUCCCCGUCAACGUCACCGACCAUCCUGCACUAUGCGACUUCUCUUUUGCAGCCACACACCGUUUUGCUGACCCGUCUACAGGCGGAAAGAGCGCACUACAAGUGGGCGUGACGACUAAUGGCGAGGGGUGCCGGCUAGCGGGCCGUGUGAGGCGAGAGAUUGUCAGCGUGCUACCUAAAGAAGUCGCUGGAGCCGUAAGGCAGGUGGGAAAGCUUCGAUAUUUGGCCAAGAAUACGGUCGAUCAAAUAGAACGUGACGGAGAGGGUGAGGAAGGUGAGGACAGUGGUGUCACCACCCCCAACAGGCCUGUACCUGGCUGGAAAAGCAGUGUGGUCGAAAGCAAAGAAGAGUCUUCCUACCGCCGCAUGAAAUGGGUCGCCCAGGUUAGCGAGUACUGGCCCAUCGCACGGCUCGCAUCCAUGUCAGAGAACGAGAUGGAGCUCAUAUUAACUGGCGACACUGCCCAAACGAUUUCAUCAUACUCCACUCAAGCCGGAAUCGAGAGCUCACUACAUAAUUUGACGCUUUCCCCGCCCCCAAAGAAAGGCCGCAUUCUUCUUGUUGGCUCUGGUCCAGGACAUCCCUCCCUUCUCACCAUUGCAACUCACAAUGCGCUUACGAAGUAUGCAGACCUUGUUCUCUCAGACAAGCUCGUCCCCGCUGCCGUACUUGCGCUCAUACCUGAAAGAGUCGAGGUGCGCAUUGCACGCAAGUUCCCCGGCAAUGCCGAGGGUGCGCAAUUAGAGAUGAUGGACGCAGCAGUCGAAGCUGCUCGACGUGGCCUCACCGUUGUCAGACUGAAACAAGGAGACCCAGUCGUCUACGGCCGCGCAGGGGAGGAAGUACUCUUCUUCCGAGCACGCGGGUUCGAGCCGCUCGUUGUCCCGGGCGUCUCAUCUGCACUCGCAGCACCUAUUUUUGCAGGGAUCCCGGUAACGCAGCGCGGCGUCGCGGAAAGUGUCAUUGUGUGUACCGGCGUUGGGCGACAGGGCAAGGAGGUUAAGCUUCCAGGUUACGAGCGCGCGAGGACCGUUCUUAUCCUCAUGGGCGUCGCCCGUAUAGCGCAGGUUGUGGGCGCUAUGAUGUGUAGCGAUAAUGGCAGCGGGGAAGGCCUGCAGAGUGUUGAAGGGAGAAGAGAGGGGCGUUCCUACCCGCGGAACACGCCUAUUGCUAUCAUUGAACGCGGCUCGAUGCCUGAUCAACGGGUAGUUGCGAGUACGCUUGGAGAUAUAUGUGAAGCACUGGAUAGUGCGGGAGAGCAAAGACCUCCGGGAAUGAUGGUUGUUGGGUGGGCUGUUUUAGCACUGCAAGGCACAGGGGACACGAGCGUGUUGGACGAGGGGGAAGAGGGAGAUGAAAAGAGGGUAAGAAGGUGGUUAGGUGGAGAUAGGUGGGUUGUACGAGAAGGAAUCGAUCAGGGCUGGGCGGAGGUGUAGCUGAGGUCAGGGAUUGAUGAUUUCAAUGCUAAGAUUUAAUCUUCGUCGACCUACAGAGAUUUUGCAUACGUAGCGGGUUAUUGGUAUUUAUACGGUAUACCAACAAUUCUAAGCAGAUAGCGGCGUCGUUCCUCCA